CGAGGCAGGCCUCUUGAGCAGUGCAGUGCCACUGCCCGUCGCUCCGUAACAAGCAAACAGUGUGGUACGCGCUCUAGUGCAGUAAAGUACGCGCCUCAGUUGGUGGCUACAAUGGCCAGUUCACUCAGUAUAAAGCUAGUGCUGCUAGCACUCUGCGUUGAGGUGGCCCUUUCGAACGUAAUCAAUGCCAUCCCGCAACAAACCAGUCGCCAACACGACACGGAGCAUCCCCGUUCGGACCGGCGUGCCUGGAACAGUGAGCCGGUGUACGACACGAUCGAAGAAAACUCCGAAUACUGGCGAGAACGAGCACAAGACACACUGCGUCAGCAUUUGGAGCAACCACACAACGAGCGGAAGGCCAAGAAUGCCAUCUUCUUCAUCGGCGAUGGAAUGUCGCUACCGACGGUGGCCGCUACCCGGAUGUACCUGGGCAACGAGAACCUUGCCCUAUCGUUCGAGCAGUUCCCGUACUUUGGCCUCACGAAAACGUACUGCGUUGAUCGGCAGGUGGCCGAUUCGGCCUGUACCGCUACGGCGUACCUAUCCGGGGUGAAGAUCAACUACGGUAUGAUCAACGUGGCGGCCAGUGUCACCCGAGGUACCUGUGAGUACGAUCACGAAGCGACCGAAAUUCAGGGACUGCUCAAGUGGGCCCAGGACGCAGGCAAAACAACGGGACUGGUGACGAAUACGCGCAUUACCCAUGCGACACCGGCCGGUUCGUACGCCGCCAGUGCCCACCGGGACUGGGAGGAUGAUAGUGAGGUGUUGGCCGAUUGUCCGAACACACCGACCGAACGCCGACCGGUGGACAUUGCCAGUCAGCUGGUGCACGGUGAGGUGGGCCAGAAGUUGAAGGUUGUGUUGGGUUGUGGUCGCCGCCACUUCCUACCGACCGGUACGGUCGAUGAGGAUGGUGGCCGAGGGCAACGGUCGGAUGGAGUGAAUCUGAUCGAGAAGUGGAAGGAAAUGCGAAGCGCCCAUGGCCGUGCACGGUAUGUUUACGAUCGGGCGGGACUGAUGGAGGCGGCGGAAGCGAAAGAUCAGGAUCAUCUACUGGGACUGUUCGGUAGUAGCCACUGUUUGUACAAUUUGGAAAUUGAUGAUCAGAAGGUGGAAGACCGGAAACCGAGACUGACGGAGAUGGUAGAGGCAGCGUUGAAGGUGCUGGAGGAUGGUAAUGAGCAGGGUUACGUGCUGUUCGUUGAGGGAGGUCUCAUCGAUACGGCGCAUCAUUCUAACCGUCCGCGUUUGUCGUUGGAAGAGACGGCUGAGUUUCACCGGGCGAUCGAUUUGGCCCGCAAGCGGACGAACGUUAGCGAUACGCUGAUCGUCGUGUCGUCCGAUCAUAGUCAUACGCUGAUGUACAACGGAUAUCCGACCCGUGGCAACGAUAUACUGGGCAUAGCGGACGUAAGCGACAAAGAUCAGCUACCCUACACGACCCUGAGCUACGCCAACGGUGAAGGUUAUUACGAAACGUACCUAGACGGGGAUCCCAACAAGCGUAUCGACAUCACCAGCUACGAUCUCAAGAGCUACCGGCAGCGCUAUCUGGCCACCGUUCCACUCUCCUCGGAAACACACGGCGGCGAGGAUGUCGGGGUGUAUGCCAGUGGUCCGAGUGCCCACCUGUUCGCCGGGAACACGGAACAGAACGUGAUACCGCUGCUGAUCGCAUACGCCAGCAACAUUGGUGAGAGUUUCGGUUGGAAGCCCGAAGUGCACGACAACGAUGAUGAUGAUGAUAACUUUGCCACCCGGUUGUCACUUUCUGCGACGCUUUCCACACUCUGCCUCGGCGUACUGAUAGCGGCACACAUCCGAAGGUUACUUCUCCUUAGCUGAAGCUCGAAUCGAAACGCGCGCUCAGCAAUGGCGACCUUUGGAAGGUUCCUAGCGUGUCUUUUGCUUCUCUCCGUCGUUGCCUGCGAGAUCGUGCACGUUCCUAAUGCGGGUCGCACACGAGAUCCUCACUCUCGCCAGGACAGGAAACAGGCCACCCCUAGCCAACCCAAACAGAUCGUGGACGAGCCGCUAGGAUUCGAAGAACGGGAACGUGACAGCGAGUACUGGUUCGAGCAGGCCCAGGACACCCUGGCCAAGAAGCUCGCCUCCCAACCCAACACAAACCACGCAAAGAACGUGAUCUUCUUCAUCGGCGACGGCCUAUCGUCGCAAACGGUGGCCGCCACUCGCAUGUACCUUGGCAACGAGGCCAACAGCCUUUCGUUCGAGCACUUUCCCGAUCUUGGCUCGGUCCGGACGUACUGCGUGGACCGGCAGGUCUCGGACUCAUCCUGUACCGCCACGGCCUACUUGUCCGGGGUGAAGAUCAACUACGGAAUGGUGAACAUUGCGGCGUCGGUCAGUCGUUACACCUGCCAGUACGAUCGUAAUGCCAGUGACUUCGAGGGGCUGCUGCGGUGGGCCCAGGAUGCCGGUAAGUCCACCGGUAUUAUCACGACCACGAAGAUAACGCACGCCACACCGGCCGGUGCGUACGCUAGCACCGCUAACCGGUACUGGGAGAACGAUGUCGAGGUGGCCGACGCGGACUGUGAUCCGGCACUGGUCGAUGACAUUGCGGAGCAGCUCGUGGAGAAGGAGCUGGGCAAACGGUUCAAUGUGGUGCUCGGUGGAGGGCGCGGUAAUCUGCUACCAGUGGAAGUGACGGACGAGGAAGGGAAACCCGGUUAUCGGCGCGAUGGUAAGAAUCUGAUCGAGCAGUGGAAACGGACCCACGCAACGAUGGGAGUGUCGGAGUACGUUUGGAACCGGGAGCAGCUACUGGCGGUCGAUACGAAGAGUACCGACUAUCUGCUCGGCCUGUUCGAAUCCGGACACAUGAAGUACAAUCUGGAGCGUGUGGGGGAUGCCGAACGUCAGGAGCCAACACUGGAGGAGAUGACGGCGACGGCCAUUCGGUUGCUGGAGCGAAACCAAAACGGAUACGUUCUGUUCGUGGAAGGAGGGCUGAUCGAUGUGGCGCACCAUGAAACCUGGGCACGCCUGGCACUGGACGAGACGGCCGAAUACUCGAAAGCGAUCGAUACGGCGAGGCGGAUGACCAGCGAGGCGGAUACACUGAUCGUCGUUAGCUCCGAUCAUUCCCAUACCAUGACCUACAACGGGUAUCCGAAACGUGGUAACGAUAUUCUCGGUCUGGGUGACAUCAGUGACGAGGACUUGCUGCCGUACACGACGCUGAGCUACGCCAACGGGCUGUCUUACUACACGACCUACACCGCGGAGAAUCUCGGUGUGCGUGAGGACGUGUCCAAGUACGACUACACCAAGAUGGACCAACUGUACAUGGCGAUGGUACCGAUGGAUGCGGAAACGCACGGUGGUGACGAUGUGCCCGUUUGGGCCUCCGGUCCCAUGUCCCAUCUGUUCCGGGGUGUCUACGAACAGAACACCCUGCCCUACCUAAUCUCCUAUAUUGCUCAGAUCGGCGAUUACUACGAUGAGUCUAGCACGGCCAGUGCGUUCGUUGCACUGCCGCUUCUCCUUCUCAUUAGCGUUGUCAUGGCAAUUACGCGACAGUAAUAGAUCGGUUUCAUUCGGUGGCUCCCCGACGGAGUCCCAUUAUCUAUUCAAUCCUGGUGGCGACCGUCGUGGGUUGCGAUGAUUGAUUGCUUGGCGCGGCUAGCCAUGGGUAACAGGGCAGUAUUAUGGCAAUCCAAAUUACGAUACACGCUUCGAUUCACUUUGAUAAGAGCCACUUAUCGUGCCGAACGACACCGUAGUAAGCGACUGUAAAUAUAACAAUUAACCAACCAGUGUGGAAUCUUA